UUUUUACUUCCGAGUCGUACGUUUUUUCCCCCCUACUGCUGUUCAUCAAGCUAUGAAAGGCUUCCUACCUUGUUAACGUCCUUACUUUAUCGGGGAAAGAAGAUCUGGUUUAGAUGGGAAGUUAAUUACAACUGCUUAAGGUUGUUUAACACCUAUAUGGCCACUACGCUUGGACAUUGAUAGAAACAUUUGAAACUAGCGAUGCGGAUGGAAAACUUGCUGAAAGAUAACUGCAUUUCCAAGUUAUCCCCUGGCAACUUUCUAGAGUGGUACAGUUGUCACUGCAUCUCCAGAUAAUCCAUAAUGUCAUUACCAAAUGAGUCAGAAAACAGAGGGAAAGACCGACAGAGGGGAGCCCGCCCAAAGGUGAGACAGAGCCGGUCAGAAGAGAGAAGAGACUCCGGCGGAGGUCGGAAAGGUGGAAAGGGAAAGAAAAAAGGGCUUUCCUCGCAUGAAGCAGCAGCUGAGCGACCUGUCAGUGAUGGGUUUGAGUAUGGUGAGCUGUUAAAUGAUCUGGAGGCCAGGAGCCAAACCUCCUCCUCCCCUCAGAAGGAGAUCUGGAAAUGGCAGGGCUUGGAUGUCACUGCAUCAUCUUUGGGGCAAGGUGCAGCAACCAAGCAAGGUCAGGCUCCAGUUAGCUCUGCCACAGAAUUACCUGCUCUCUGCGAGGCAGAGGGCAGAGGUUCAAACAGUAGCCGCACACUCAGGCAAAAAAUCCAGGAUGCAAUGGGACAGUGUUUUCCGAUAAAGACGCACAGUGCUGCAGCACCAGCUCCAACCCCACAGGCCUUUUUGGCGUCAGCUGCCUGCGCCCCCUCCAGGCGGAAGAUCCAUCUUAGUGAACUGAUGUUGGAUGACUGCCCAUUCCCUGUAGGAUCAGAGCUGGCUCAGAAAUGGUAUCUCAUUAAGCAGCACACAGCCCCCAUUACCCAGCCUCCCCUGUUAGAUUCUACAGUAGUGUGCAGCGCCCCAACUUCGGCGAUGGCUGCUGUGGAGGACGUGGACGACAAGCUGCGAGAGCGCAGGCGCAUCAGCAUCGAGCAAGGAGUUGAGCCACCUCCCAAUGCAGAGAUCCACACAUUUGAGGUGACAGCUCAAAUUAACCCCCCGUACAAGCAUGGCCCCAAGUUAGCUCAUGGCAUGAAUGAAUUGGCUGGGACUGACGGAGCUUCUGCUCAUCAGCAGGAACAGCUGCUUCUCCAAAGACAGCAACACCAGCUCUUGCUUCAGAGCUGCUUGGAUACUCUCGAUGAAGUUGCAGCCUCAGCCUCUGCUUCUCUCCACACCUCUGACAUGGCUUCUGACUCUCUGGUUGACCCAGAGGUGACUGCGAACAAUUUGACCUCAAGAGUUGCACUUCCUCAGGCUGAGCAUCAGGUUCGGUCUGAGGAAGGCUACCGUUAUCACACUCAGAUUGAUUACAUUCACUGUUUAGUCCCAGACCUGCUGCAGAUCACUAACCUACCAUGCUACUGGGGAGUCAUGGACCGCUACGAGGCGGAAACGCUGCUGGAGGGAAAGCCAGAGGGCACCUUCCUGCUGCGCGACUCUGCCCAGGAAGACUACCUCUUCUCAGUCAGCUUCCGCCGCUACGGCCGCUCGCUGCAUGCGCGCAUUGAACAGUGGAACCACAACUUCAGCUUUGACGUCCACGACCCCAGCGUCUUCCAUGCCCCCACUGUCACGGGGCUCUUGGAGCACUACAAGGACCCCAACUCUUGCAUGUUCUUCGAGCCCCUUCUCUCCAAUCCCAUCCACCGCACACACCCAUUCAGCUUGCAGCACAUCUGCAGAGCUGUCAUAAGCAGCUGCACCACAUACGACGGCAUUAACAUGCUCCCCAUUCCAAAUGCGCUGAAAAAACAUUUGAAAGAGUACCACUAUAAGCAGAAAGUGCGAGUACGGCGGAUGGAUACGUGUUGGGAAUAAGAAGCAAGUUAAAAUUGACUCAAGGACACAACCAAAUACACCCCUAUUUGAAGUACUGUGUAUAAACUUACACGACACUGUAUUUAUUUAUUUUAUUCCUGCUGUAUGUCAUAAGUGUACUACACCCCACUGAUGAGACAAUAUGUAAUCUCAGUAAUGCACAUUCAGAAUGAUGUUAAACUCAAAUUAAACAGUUUUAGAUUCAUGCUGUU